AUGGAGCCUCCACUAAGCAAGUUGGAGACCAUGUUGAGUGAUCAUGCAUCGGUCUUCGCGGACUCUGGAGAAGGGCACAAGGGACCCCCCGUUGGAAUAGAGUUACGGUCCGAUGCGGCGCCACAGUUUCGAAAUGCUCGCCCAGUACCUUUUGGAUUGCGAAGAGCUGUGGAGCAUGAGCUCAAGGACUGGGAAAGUCGUGGCUUCAUAUCACCAGUGCAGCAUUCAGACUGGGCAACACCGGUUGUCAUCGUCCGUAAGAAAGACAGUGGCAUUAGGUUGUGCGGAGACUAUAAAACGACCGUCAAUGCUGUGUCUAAGAAGGCAUCGUUUCCUUUGCCCUCUGCAAGUGAAAUCGUGGCUAACUUGCAGGGAGGAACCUUGGAGGAAGUUUUUUCAACCUUGGAUCUCGCACAAGCCUAUCAGCAGCUCCGCGUAACUCCGGAAACGGCCCAGAUUUUGACUAUCAACAUGUUGAAAGGACUGUAUGCUGUACAUCGACUUCCUUUUGGCGUGUCCGCAGCGCCGGCAAUUUUUCAAAGGUACAUGGAGACUGUUCUUGCCGGAAUUCCUGGAACCAGUGUGUAUCUCGAUGACGUGAUCAUUACUAGAAACACCCAAGUGGAACACGCUUUGCGACUCAAGGAAGUUCUUGAACGACUGAAAACGGCUAAUCUGCGGCUAAAAAAAUCCAAGUGUCGGUUCGCUGUUGAUGAAGUCUGUUACCUACGGCAUCGGAUCAAUGCUGAAGGUGUCCACACGACACAGGAGAAAGUUCAGGUUCUCCUAGACGCACCAGAACCAACGUCGAAAACGGAGCUUCAGUCGUUUCUUGGGUUACUGACUUUCUACGACAAGUUUUUACCGAACAUGGCUUCGGUAGCCAUUGACCUUUACGAGCUCCUCGUGAAAGACAAAGUUUGGAAGUGGGAGAUAAAGCACAGAGAAGCCUAUGCAAGACUGAAUAAUCUAGUGAGCUCGUGUCGUCAUGUUACGAUAUUGACGGACCACAAGCUCUUGCUUGGUAUCCUUGGAAGCCAUAAGCCGAUUCCUCAAGUCCUCUCCCCGCGCAUGACUAAAUGGUGCUUACGGUUGGCAUCUUAUGACUACGACUUGGUGUAUCGUAAGGGACCGGAAAACCAGAAUGCUGACCGCAUGAGUCGGCUGCCGCUUCAAGGUAGAACAGAUGAGCCCUAUCCACCGGCAGACGUACUUCUCUUGGAAGGGUUUAAGAACCCCCUCUUACGGUGGAAGAGCUACGCCAAGGUACUACACAAGAGGAUGCCAUCCUGUCAGUGGUAUUCAAAGCUGUGCAGUCAGGCGACUUCAGCCGAAUUCAAGGUGACAAGUUCAAGCCGUUUGCUCGACUUGCGUCGGAACUAUCUAUACAUGAACAUUGUCUGGUCAGGGGAACUAGGGUGGUAG